CACCAACUGACUGGUUCUUCUGAUGUUCUUCAAACAGGAGUCCACGUUGAGACAUUCUCUACAUCCAGAGAGCAACAGCCGGAAGAUCACAGAGCUAAGAGGUCUCAUCACUGCCCACAUUGUGAGGAGACUUUCCCAAUUCUAUCAAAGCUAAAAAUACACCUAAAAAUACACACUGGCGAGAAUCCGUAUUCCUGCUCUGACUGUGGGAAGACUUUCUCCCGAUUGGAUACCUUAAAAACGCAUGAACAUAUACAUACAGGAAAUGAUCUGUAUUCCUGUACUGACUGUGGGAAGACUUUCUCCCGAUUGGAUACCUUAAAAACGCAUGAACGUAUACAUACAGGAGAGGAUCCGUAUUCCUGUACUGACUGUGGGAAGAGCUUCACAACAUCAGGAACUCUGACAAUUCAUCAGAGAGUGCACACUGGAGAGAAGCCUUACUCCUGCUCUGACUGUGGGAAGAGGUUCUCUCAACAGAUCCAUUUACAAAAACACCAACAUAUUCAUACAGGAGAGAAGCCUUACUGCUGCUCUGACUGUGGGAAGAGUUUCACUCAACAGAACCACUUAAAAUGUCACCAGCGAAUACAUACAGGCGAGAAGCCUUACUCCUGCCCUGACUGUGGGAAGAGUUUCAUCCGAUUGGAUAUUUUAAAAUGCCACCAGCGAAUACAUACAGGAGAGAAGCCUUAUUGUUGCUCUGAGUGUGGGAAGAGUUUCUCCCAACUGGGUAACUUAAAAACACACCAACUUAUACAUAAAGGAGAGAAGCCUUACUCCUGCUCUGACUGUGGGAAGUGCUUCACAACAUCAACUGAUGUAAAAGUUCAUAAAAGAGCACACACAGGAGAGAAGCCUUACUACUGCUCUGACUGUGGGAAGAGUUUCUCCAGAUUGUAUACCUUAACAACACACCAACGUAUACAUAAAGGAGAGAAGCCUCAUCAGUUCUCUCAGACCAGAUAAAAUUAAAGUCAUUACAUCACUUAACUCUCCAGAAAUCAUAGUAUACUCUAUUGUAUUCCUGUUGUUUCUCACUGUGAGAAAAGGGAGCGUUAUAGAUUUUUUGCCUCUCUCUACUUUACUGAUCAGUGUGCAUCUUGUCAGUUUUGGUGUAUUUUGUUAGCUUCCACUGUAAAGAUAUUGAGAUGACCUUAGAUUUGCCCUUAGGGUGGAAUACCCUCUAUGAAGCUGGUGGUACUGCUUCCCUCUGCAGUUUUCUGUGGGAAUGAGCUGGUAGACACAACAUGUAUCAGAUAGAGAUGGUGUGAUGAUCAGUUUUCACCACUAGUUUGGGGGGGGAUUAUUUGAUUUACUAAACAACUAUUUGUUUAAUUAUAUACAGGUUAUGAAACAACUACAUUUUGUUUAUUCAGUUGCACUUUAAAACUAGAUUAGCUAUUUUUGUCAUUGAUGAAUAGGUUUAGAUAGCUGUAACUUAACUGAUCUGCCGAUUUAAAAAAUAUAUAUAUAUAUAUAUAUAUAAUAAAAAUAAAAAAUACAUUCAA